ACACACACACACACACACACACACACACACACACUCUCUCUUGUCGCCCCACUCCCUGGUCGUUCGGUCGCUCGUUCAGAGUUGGAAGUUGGAACCUCCUCCUCCUCCGCAGCAGCAGGCGGCGUCGGGCAGGAGGUUUCCGGCUCUCGAGGGCUGCGCGUUGGUGCAUGCAACAGAGGGGCCUCUCCAACAACCGCCGCUCCCGCGGCUUCUCCCGAUCCCGCCUCGCCGUCGAGGGCGCCUAAACUGAACCCCACCGCCACCCCCGGCCUCACACCUUCUUAACAACAAACACACACCACAGCUCACGCUCACACCUUUGAAACGACGACGCUCCCCCUGCCUGCCCUGCUCCCUUCCUUCCGCCUCUGAAAAAACUUCGAAACGAGAGAAGAAGAUGGACACCAUCACCGUCGUGGAGAAUGUGUUCGGGGAGGUGGAGCGCAAGGUGCAGAAGAGCUACUGGGAGGAGCACUCCAAGGACCUCACCGUGGAGUCCAUGAUGCUCGACUCCCGCGCCAAGGACCUCGACAAGGAGGAGAGGCCCGAGGUGCUGGCCAUCCUGCCGUCGUACGCGGGCAAGACGGUGCUGGAGCUCGGCGCCGGCAUCGGCCGCUUCACCGGCGAGCUGGCCAAGGAGGCCGGCCACGUCAUCGCGCUCGACUUCAUCGACAGCGUCAUCAAGAAGAACGAGGAGAUCAAUGGGGACAUCUACAAGAACAUCACCUUCAUGUGCGCCGACGUGACCUCGCCGGAGCUCAAGAUCGAGGACAACUCCAUCGACAUCGUCUUCUCCAACUGGCUCCUCAUGUACCUCAACGACGAGGAGGUUGAGAAGCUGAUUGGCAGGAUCGUGAAGUGGCUGAAGCCUGGUGGCCAUAUUUUCAUCAGGGAAUCCUGCUUCCACCAGUCGGGGGAUUCCAAGAGGAAAGUGAACCCGACGCAUUACCGGGAGCCGAGGUUUUACACCAAGGUGUUUAAGGAAUGCCACUCCUAUGACCAAGAGGGGAAUUCCUUUGAGCUUUCUCUGGUAACUUCCAAGUGCAUUGGAGCUUAUGUGAAAAGCAAGAAGAACCAGAACCAGAUAUGCUGGCUAUGGGAGAAGGUCAAGUGCACAGAAGACAAAGGCUUUCAGAGAUUCCUGGACAAUGUGCAGUACAAAUCCACUGGAAUCUUGCGUUAUGAGCGUGUGUUUGGGGAAGGUUAUGUUAGCACCGGUGGAUUCGAGACCACAAAGGAAUUUGUGGACAAGCUGGAUCUGAAAGCUGGCCAGAAGGUGCUCGAUGUUGGGUGUGGCAUCGGAGGAGGCGACUUCUACAUGGCUGAAACCUAUGAUGUCCAUGUCCUCGGCAUCGAUCUUUCCAUCAACAUGGUUUCGUUCGCGAUCGAGCGUGCCAUCGGGCGCUCGUGCUCGGUUGAGUUUGAGGUUGCUGACUGCACCACCAAGGAAUAUGCAGAGAACACGUUUGAUGUCAUCUACAGCCGUGACACCAUCCUCCACAUCCAAGACAAACCUGCUCUGUUCAGAAACUUCUUCAAGUGGCUCAAGCCUGGGGGCAAAGUGCUGAUCAGUGACUACUGCAGGAGCCCUGGCACACCAUCAGAGGAAUUCGCUGCGUACAUCAAGCAGAGAGGCUAUGACCUCCAUGAUGUGAAGACCUAUGGGAAGAUGCUUGAGGAUGCCGGUUUCCACGAUGUUGUCGCCGAAGACCGCACCGACCAGUUCCUGAGGGUCCUGGAGAGGGAGCUGGGCGAGACAGAGAAGAACAAGGAGGCCUUCCUGGCGGACUUCACCCAGGAGGACUACGACGACAUCGUCAACGGCUGGAGCGCGAAGCUGAAGCGGAGCUCCGCCGGCGAGCAGAAGUGGGGGCUGUUCAUCGCGACCAAGUGAUCUGGCCGCUGAGCAGCGACGCCAUGGACGCGAUGAUUCGGGAGCAGAGCAGCUUCUGUUAAGAAAUAAAUAAAGAGGAUCGGUGCUCGACAAUGUUGUGGCCGUGUGUUGGGUGUGAUUGUUUGUUUGUUGCAGUGGCUGCAUUCACUGGCUGGGCACCAGGAUCUGUAAGAUAAUGUGUACGUACGUACGUACUGUAUUCCUGAACUUGUACUGUGACGAGCGAGACUCGCUUUGUAACGUGCUAUUCUGUUGCUACGUGGCCUUCGUCACUGUGGUGGAGUUGUGUGACCUCA